AAAGCGCGUCACAAGUUUAGCGCAUGCGUUUUUCAAAUCUUAAAGACCUCGUGAAUUCAAAGUAACUUUUUUGUAUUUAAAACAAGUUCACUUUUUAUUCUUGACAUCAAAAUGAAUAAAAAUAAUUUUUGUCAAGAUUUGGAAGAUGUAGCGAAUGCACAACACAUAUCAACAUCAGCUUCAAAUUCAAUUUUAGCUAUGGAUACAAAGCACAUUUUAGCAACAUUUGCAGAUGUUUGUGCUAAGAUAAAAGAGCAUGAGUUAUUGCACACUGUCCAUUAUAUUGUAGGUUUUAAAAGAAGCAUGGAAAAAAGCUUUGAAGAAGUAUUACUGAAAAAUCACAAAGUGUUUUUUGAGGAUAAGGACGUCUCUUACACAGGAGUACCAUUCAUUGUUUCAUCAAAUAGUACUCUCGACUGUCAACAUGGCAAGGACAAAAAUAUCAAAGCUAAAGCUCUGUAUAACGUUAAAAAAAACUCAGAAGCAAGCUUAGAUCAUUCCUGCAAAAAAAAAAGAAUGACUCUCCAGGUUACCAAGAAAUUUGAUUGUCCUGCCCAAGUUUAUAUUAAAGAAAUAAUUGAAUUUUCCGAAUAUAAGCUGGAUAGAGAUUCAACUUGGCUAAGGAAAGAAAUUUCAAAAAAAUUACGUGCAGUUUUAGCUUUGAAAAAUACAGUUUUAAUGUGCAGAAAAUAUAUAUUGGUAAUUCCUGCGAUUUCUGCUCAUCAAAACCACCUUAUUGGUGAUGAAGCAGGUCUUAAUCAACCUUUAUGUGAAGAACUCAUUAUUAAAAUUAGUGAGUUAGUCAAAAAGGGUGUCAAUUCUGUUUCUGAAAUGAGACGUCAUCUAGCUGCCUUUAUUCAGGUGGAAUUUAAUUCGAAUAACAAUCCUCAGAAGACAAACAAACGUUUUUUCCCAAGGGAUGAUACAAUUGCAAAUCAUAUAUUGAGAGCUAGACGAAAGCUUCAAAGAUCACUUAUAGAUCAAGAAUGUCUUUUGGACAAGAUUAAUGAAUGGAAAAUAUUCUUUCCAGAUGCAACAAUCAAAUUCAGACCCAAGGGAGGAUAUUGUUCAGAAGAGAAUGAUGUAGAUCUUAAAAAUUCAUUGUUGUUUAUAUAUCAAGAUAUAUGGCAAAAGAAACUACUGCUUCGAUAUGGUAACGAGCUUGCCUUCCUUGAUGCUACAUACCGAACAACAAGAUAUGCACUGCCUCUCUUUUUCCUUGUUGUUAAAACUAACAUUGAUUACCAAAUUGUGGCUAUUUUUGUGUGUGAGCAUGAGACCACUGAAGCCAUAACAGAAGCACUUAUGUGCAUCAAAGAAUGGAAUCCUUCAUUCCAGCCAAAGUUCUUUUGUACUGAUUAUUCAAAUGAAGAAAUAAAUUCACUUGAAUCUGUGUUUCCAGGCUGUAAAGUGUUUAUUUGUGAUUUUCAUCGCGAACAAGCAUGGGAACGAUGGCUGUCUAAAACAACUAAUGGGUGUAGCAUGAUAAAGGAUGACAUUAAAGUUAGGCUUCGUGACAUUGCACAUGCGAAAACAGUAGAGGGUUGCCAAAAAGCUGUUGAGAAUUUAGAGGAAUCACUAGAAUGGCAAAAUAACCCAAAACUUGUAGAAUAUUUGAAAAGUACUUGGUUAUGUAUUCAAAAGAGAUGGGUAUUUGCUUAUAGACUAGAUCGAAUUCUGCUGAAUGUCAACACCAAUAAUGGAACUGAAAGACAGAAUCAAUCUUUCAAAUACAGUUUUUUGGAAAAAAGAAAGAAUUCUUCACUAACAGCUAUGCUCAGUAUUUGUAUAGAAGAAUUUCUUCCGCACAAAUAUGACAAUUAUUGUGAUGAUAAUAGAAGAGCACAUGCCUCAUAUAAGAAAUACCAUGAUGAAAUUCCAGCUUAUUUGAUUAAUCGGCCACCAUCUUUAGUUAAGCAUUGUAUGAAAUUAAUAGAUAAAUUACAAGGUGUAGAUUUGCGGGGCAUUAGUGCUAUGACAGACAAAUUAUACAACGUUGCUUCUUUCAAUUCAAAUAGUCGAGAAAUAUACCAAUGUUACCUUGGCGAUUCAGAACACUUGCCAACUUGUUCAUGUCCUAAUUGGUUUCGCAGCUUAUAUCCUUGUAAGCAUUUCUUUGCCAUUUUUAUUAAAGAUAAUCUCACAUGGUCUGCAUUUGGAACAUCCUAUGCAAAUUCUCCUUAUUUCAUGCUGGAUUUAUUGUCAGAUGAAAUUAUUUUAGCACAAUCCAAUGACAUUUUGUUACAAGAUAUUCAUUUUGGGCAUACAACAACAUUUACUGACUUGCCUAUAUCUCCACUUUCUAAACAGAAUGUAAUGGAAACAAAAAGUAUUCAUUGCUCACAAGUAAAUAGUAGUUAUAAUCUUAUUGGUGAGAACCAUACAUCUGCAACUUGUCGUGAGCUUUUAGGUGAAAUUAGACAAAUGAGUUAUUUAUGUCAAUCGCAACAAGCGAUUGAUAAUUUGUUGGAAGGGCUAUGUCAACUUAAAAAAAGUUUAGCAGACAGUCUUCCAACAGAAAGAGGAAUUCUGCUGCGCCCUGAGAUUCAACCUGAUACUUGGAGUAGGUCACUAACUAAUACACCUAAGCUUAGCCAUCUCCCUAUACGCCGCAAAAGAAAAAUGACUAAAAGAGUUGGAGUUAAAUACGACAUUUGUAAAACAGCCACAGACAUUAGUGUAAUAGCUAAAAAUGAUACUACAUUUUCUGAGAUUGUCACAAAUGAUUUGAUUGAUUUUGACAAUUGUGAUACUUUUACUGUUUCUAAUAAUGCAACUGAAAUAAAUACCUUUCAACCGAUGAUAGUAAUCACUUGCAUGGCGCCGACAUAAUCAAAGAUGAUAAACUAGAAACCAUUCAAAGUCUAAAGUCUUCAUUGAUUGGAAGUAGAGAACAGUAUGACAUUUCAAACGGGCAGAUGCUUAAUGAUAAGGUGAUUCAUUUUUGCCAGCAACUUAUGUCACUUCAGUUAAAUAUUGAUGUUGGUCUGCAAGAUCCUAUUAAAGGACAAGUGUUAUCUUUCCAUAUCUAUCCAAGCACGCCAUUUGUCCAAAUUCUUCAUGAUGGAAAUCUUCACUGGCUAUGUGUGACCACAUAUGAUUGCAAACCAGGGGAGAUAUAUAUAUUUGACAGCCUUUUCCAUGGUUCCAUCAGCUUGCAGAUAAAAAGGCAAAUAUGCUCCAUUUUACAUUGUCAACAAAAAAAUCUUAUUUUCAAAGUUUUGCCAGUUCAACAGCAAACAAAUGGUGUGGAUUGUGGAAUUUAUGCCAUUGCAUGGGCUCGUCAGAUUCUUGAAACAAAAAGUAUACCAUCAACAAAUCUGAUGUUUGAUCAAAGUGAAAUGAGAAGUCAUCUCCUGAAAUGUAUAUCAAACAACAGGAUGGAGAUAUUUCCAGCCACUAAAAAUCCUUUUUUGUUUAAAAGAUGUAAUGCUAAGACUUUUCGCGUUCCACUGCAUUGCUCAUGUCGCAUGUUUUGGAUACCUGGAGACGAAGACAUAUUUAACAGGCAAAUGGCACAAUGCUGUGUUUGUAGUAAAUGGUUUCAUCGUGAUUGUGAACAAAUUCCACCAAGUGCCUAUGAAAAGGAAGACGAAAUUUGGAUUUGUCAUGAUUGCCAGAACCGAUCAAAAUAUUAAGCCUACUAUGCAACAUACCUACAAAUUUCUAUGCGUUAAAUGCGUUGCUGAUAAAGUAGUACCAACAAUGGUAUUGCACAAAACCAAUUUUACUUGAAAAAGUAAAAUUUGCAAAUCCUACCCAAUAUUCUAUAGCAGGUACCCGCUGCUUACUUAAACUGGUAUCCUCGCAAAGAAUUACAUGAUAUGUGUGUGAAUAAAAAAAAUGGACAUCCGGAACGCCGUGUAAAAACGUUUGCUAUGCUGUAUUUACGCUAUUGAUAGAACUUUAGCAUUUUUAUAAUCUGCUAUUAGUUUAGAAGUAACAAUUUUAGAUUAAAUUAUUUAACUGUUUUUCAGUCGAUAACCAAGAGGUCAUAAGUCCACAUUUAUGUUUUUCCAAUUUAUUAUCAAUAUAUAUUUAAUUUGAAUACUCAAUUUUCUCGGAAACAUAAUGAACAUACGA